AUGAUAACAAGAUUUUUAAUUGAUGGUUCAUUGUGUUUUCUGCAGUGUUUUGCCUCGCUGUUGGUAACAAUUUCGGGUAUUCUAUUAGUUAUCAAUUCAAGCUCAUUGGAUUCCUUAGUGGCGGCACGUUACAUCAAUGGCAUCGCCUUGGGCCUGGUAUUUCCAUUAACAUUCGUUUUGGUCGGCGAACAAUGUGUCAAAGGUAUGCGUGGCAUGAAUGCAGCCGCCAUUGGAAUGUGCUUUCAACUGGGCAUAUUACUACAAAUUAUCUAUAUGUAUAUUUGGCCACCGGAUUCAUCAUUCGAUGGGUCCCAAAUGUUGGGGAUACUGUCAAUUCUUUGGGGAUUUAUAAGUUUCAUUAUUGCAUUUAUGCUACAAUUGGAAUCGCCAAUUUUUUAUCUGGCACGUGGUCAGGAGGAGAUUGCAAUCGAUGUGUUAAGACGCCUACAGCGACCAUUUACAAUAACGCACGAAACCUAUGAACAGCUGAUGGAGCACAAACGCUAUUUGGCUGAAAAUAAGGAGAAUACAUUUCUACAAAGCGCCCUCAUCGGACUUCCAGCUCUAGUGAAACUAUCCUUCUAUCGGGUAUUUGUAGCAGCCAGUUCAUGUUUUUACACCUACUUUGCAUUGUCUUACGCCUCCACGAUUGCUUACAGUCCGGAUGCCAUCUGGACAUAUUACAUUUACGGAAUAUUGGCAUGGAUCGGAACGAUGGUGGUCACAUUUAUAGUGGAUUCCAAGGGACGUAGAACUCCAAUGAUUGUAGGUUUCUUUUGUUGUUCCUGCCUCUGCUUAGCCAUUGGAUGCAUUUUCGACGAUACGAAGAAUAUAAAAAACGUUGAGACAAUGACCAUUGUCCUCUAUCUGCUAAUAACUUAUCAAUUAUUUGCCGGCAUCGCUACAGCAUCAUCUUUCGUUUAUCUUACCGAGGCAUUUCCAUUGGCCGUUAAGCCAUAUUUUGUGGCCAUUGCCUUCAUUGUGGAAAUGUCCAUACACAUCGUCGUUAUUGCCAUACGAUCGGAACCGUGGCGUUUCAAUGUCUACGAUUUGCCCGAAUACUUUUACACCGUUGGUGGGCUGUCGAUUGGGUUCUUUGUUAUAGCCGUAACGGCAAUGCCGGAAACCAAGAAGGAUACUUUGCGCGAAUGUUUGGUGAAAUUUCGAAGACUUAUAAAUAAGCAAACAUAA